CAGGUGUGUGACGUCACCAACAGGUGAGUCGGGCGGGAAGGGACGGGAGAGCAAGGUGCACGGCGCAUGCGCAGACUAGGCGUUCAAGAUGGCGUUCACUUUCGCAGCAUUUUGCUACAUCGUGGCAUUGUUACUGUCGGCUUGUCUCAUUUUCUUCGCUAUUUGGCAUAUCAUUGCCUUUGAUGAGCUGAAGACAGACUAUAAGAAUCCUAUAGACCAGUGCAACAGUCUCAACCCGCUGGUCCUGCCCGAGUACAUCAUCCAUGGCUUCUUCUGUCUCCUGUUCCUGCUGGCAGGAGAGUUCUUCUCCUUGGCUCUCAACAUACCACUCAUUGCGUACCAUGUAUACAGGUACGCAGGUCGCCCAGUGAUGAGCAGCCCUGGCCUGUAUGACCCCACCACCAUAAUGAAUGCAGAUGUGCUAUCACAUUGUCAGCGGGAGGGCUGGAUCAAACUGGCCUUCUACCUCCUGUCCUUCUUCUACUACCUGUACAGCAUGAUAUAUGCCCUGGUGUCAUCUUAGAGAUGCUGGGUGCUUGGGCAGUGAUGCAGGAAUCUGUGGUCAGCUACAUGUUGUCUUCUGUCUCAUUGACUUGCAUAGUGAUGAAUAAGAUUUUCAUGUUUUCCAACAAAUCUGCUUUGUUUUGUUUUGUGCCAUAGAACACUACAAGUCUUUGAAACAUCAAAUGAAUAUGAUGGGCAUGUUUUAUAGGAUAGGCAGUUCCCUGUAACCGUAUCUAUACCUGUAACUUUGUUGAACAGCUUUGAGUUUGAUUUUUGAUGCAGAAUUACUUCAAGAUAGACUAAAAUGAGACCCCGUUGUUACAGAUAUUUGUCAGUUAGAGAAUAUACAGACUUAUAUAAGGGAGUAGUUAAAAACGGUGCAUCAGUAGUACAUGUAGUAGGUAGGAUUGUGUCCCAAUCAGUGGUCUUCUUCGAUUGUUGUAAAUGAAAUUUGUUUCAACUAUGGACACAUCUUAUGAAAGAAGGCAAAAUACUUGUGCUACUAAUAUCACAAGUCAAGGAGAACAAUGCUCUGUGCUAGUGCAUAUAUAUCACUGGAUGACCAACCAGUAUUGAGAAAGCUUUGCAAGUUGUUUGUAGUACAUAACAUGUUUUGCAAUGGAAAUAAAUCAAAUAAACCUUGUUGCAGCUAAAAGCAGAAGAAAACAUGCCAUACCACUAUAAUAACAAAGAUUGGUUUUGAAAAAAACUUUUUGUUAUACUAUAUAUACAGUUUACAAUGAUAGUAACAAUAGGUGUUGAUGUUGUGACUGUGUGCUUUGACUAAAGUACACAUUCGGUAUUCAUUGAAAAGACAGCUUGAUUCUAUUGAGGUAAAUAGGUAGGAAAAACCUGUUAUCUGCAUUUAGUUUCAGAUAAAUAAUUGGUGGUUGAUUUUUUAUGAAAGCUCCAAACUAUGAACUGAAGCAUAUCUCUUCAAUAUGUCUGUUGAACCAAGGUUGAUGCCAAACAUGCUGUAAUGACUUGUGUGAGUUUGUGUUGUUUGACUGGGUAUUAAUGCAAGGCAUAGAGGUAAGGUACAGUAUGCAAGACUCUGUAGUUUAAACAAGCAAAACCAAAAAUAAGGUAGUGCCAAUUUAUUUGCUUUAAAUAGAGUUGUAUGGGGUGUAAGGGAUAGGUUCAGGGUUUUGCUGUGAUAAAAGGGUCCUUUGGAACACGGCAGCAGUUACAUAUUCAUCACCUUAAAUUAGGAACACGAGACUUGUAGAAAAGAUUGUAUCAUUUGAAUACUUUCUGCCAGAAAUGCUUUCUGUCACAAAAUUCAUUGCUAAUCUGUAAAUAGGAAAAUACUUGAUCUUCUUUUAAAAAAGAUGACCAACCAGAUGACUUGGCAAAAAGAUGGUGAUACAAAGUUGUGUAUGCAUUUUGUAUUGUCACAUUGCUGGCUGUGCACCAAACUUAAUAAUGUCACUGAAGUAGCUGGAUGUACAAAGGCAAAUGUAGUGAAGUUUUGACACACAUAAAAAUGUAAUUGCUGAACAUUAGCUAUGUCCCUUCAGUAUUGAUGGAGAGACACAGUUCUUCAAUGUUUUAUCAUCUGUAACUAAUCCUUUGUGUUGCCAAUCAUAAUGCUUGGUGAAAAUAAAACUUAACAUCAUAGCCUCAUACAUUUGACUGACAACACUAACUACUACAUUGCUAUGACUAGAUAGAUUAUGCUGGUAGGUGUGGGAUCAGGAAACAAUUUCAUUGUAUGUAUGAACUGCUUGUUGGAAAUACAAUGUUCACAAGAAUCCUU